AUGGCAGUACUUCGUGAUCUAGUAGAACAGUAUCCCUUUCUCGCAAUGGAUACCGAAUUUCCUGGUGUGGUUGCUAGACCGAUCGGAAAUUUUCGAACAAGUUCAGAUUAUCAUUAUCAAACACUUCGAUGUAACGUUGAUUUGUUAAAGAUUAUUCAAUUAGGAAUUACGUUUGCAGAUGAAAAUGGAACUUUACCACGAGAUACUUGUACAUGGCAAUUUAAUUUUAGAUUUAAUUUGGCAGAUGAUAUGUACGCUCAAGAUUCAAUUGAUCUAUUGACAAAGUCGGGAAUUGAUUUUAAACGACAUGAAGAUUAUGGAAUAAAUGUCGACCAUUUUGGAGAAUUGUUAAUCAGUUCAGGUUUCGUGUUGCUGGAUGAUGUAAAAUGGAUAUCUUUUCAUAGUGGUUACGAUUUUGGCUACCUUCUGAAAGUUCUUACUUGUUCUCCACUUCCAGCUGAAGAAACCGAAUUCUUUGAUCUUCUGAAAACGUAUUUCCCAUGUAUAUAUGAUAUAAAGUAUCUUAUGAAAAGUAUUAAGAAUUUAAAAGGAGGAUUACAGGAUAUUGCUGAUGAUUUACAGGUUUCUCGAAUUGGGCCACAACAUCAAGCUGGUAGUGAUAGCCUUUUAACUGCUACCACAUUUUUCAAGAUGCGUCAAACGUUUUUCAACGAUAAAAUUGAUGAUCAAAGAUUCUUGGGAUAUCUUUAUGGUCUUGGGAGUGGUAUUUCUACCCCUAAUGUGACAAAUAUCACGAUUGGAACUCCACCGAUCACAAAUAUCACAAUUGGAACAAAUGCAGUUGCAAUCAUUAAUACCAAUACAUCCAAUAAUAAUACACCUGUUGCAACUACUAAUGGAAAAGUGCAUAAUAGGGAAAUCAUUCCUGAAACAAGAAAAUUUUAG